UGGCAGGAGGGCAGCACUACACCGAAAGGCAAAACAACAUCGAAAUUUCCUUUUACCUCCCGGAGUUGUGAGAAGUCCGACUUUUCGUCGGGCAGCUGAAGGCAGCGCAAUGUUUCUGUCUGGCCCCGCCCCCCUCUCAGACAUGUGUGAAGCAAUGUCAUCCAUGUGGCAGCAGGAGCCAUCAGGUUAUUCGUCCUGCAUAGAGAUUGACUCCAGCUCUGUGAGGACCAAGGACAGGCUCAGCUCUCUGGGCUGGCUGAAGCAGGAGCAGGACGACCUCCGCAUCAUCAAGUGGGAAAACCUUCAAACAGGAGCCUCGGCAGAUGCUGUUCAGGACAACACACCCAGCAGUGCCAUGUCAGCUGCCCCUCCAGUGGAGACCCUGCCCCCAAAAGUGCUGCUGACCAUCACCAAGCUGCAGUGCAUGCUAGAGAGCAAACAAGAGCGCAUUGCUGCACUGGAGAGACAGGUAGAGGACCUGAUGCAGGACCGCAAGUUCCUGAGGAGUCAGAUUGAAAACCUCACAAGCAGUCGCUCUAUGCCAACAUUUGCAUCGCCUAGUCCAGUGGCUGAAGUCCUUAAACCCAGCAAAGUGCAACACUCAGAAAACAAGAGGAAGAAACACCAUAAGGACAAGAAACGAUCAAAGAAAGGGAAGGAUUACAGCAGGAAAAGAGCCACAGGUGUCCAGUAUGUCAUCCACCGCUACAAACAAGUCCUGUCUGCUUUCAUCAAGAAGAAGAGCAUGAGCGAAGCCUUUCGCCAUCUCGGAAUCGACAGGAACACCAUCGCCAACACAGCUUCGAUUGCUGAGCUUCACCUGGCUGGCAAAGACAUGGUCCCUUUGGUGGGCAUGUUUCGACAAGGAGAAGAGACUCUGGUCAGCUAUGCUCAAAGGUGCACUUUGGUCAUUGACAGUGACGCUGAGCUGUCCAGGAAAAUAGAUCAGAUGAAAGCUAACGGCGAGCUUCUACCCAUCUCAGGGAAAAGGCCGAGGGUAUUACAUUCUCACUUGCAGCAGCUAGGUGGUGCUGGAGAAAGCAUUUUAAUAGGUUGA